UCUCCUACCGUCUGAGAUGACUCAAUGUCGUCUCACGACGAUUACAAUUUGUCUGGACGUGGCCCAAUAAGGUUGAAGGAAACCCGCCAGGAUAAGGCUGAACGAUUGUAUCGGAAGGAGCAGAGACGUUAUCGUCGCGAACAGGAGCGUAUCAGUAGAGCCAAUGGAUAUGCCGUCUCGCCUCCUCGCACGGGGCGGGCAGAGUCCAUCACACCGCCAAGGAAUCCUGCUCCCGGGUUGAGCAGGAACGAAAGCGGUGAACAGCAGGGCGGAUAUCGAUGGAUGGGUGGUCAAGCACGAGCGGCAAUGGACCGAGCGGAAGAGCAGGAACGGAUGGCUUGGAUGGCACAGGAGGAGCUGUCGAGGGAGAACCCAUUUGCGACGAUGGAUCGCGAUGCUGUCUUUGACGUCCACGUUCCUCCACGCUACCGUCGUUCCGCCUCCAAUGCCGGUCCUUCGCGUCGGAGGGAUGCUACUCGAGAAGUCAAGUUUGACGGUGGUCCCGUCCCCGACAUGUCUGGCAUGGAUGAAGAAGAAUACGCUGAGUGGGUCAGGAAUGGGAUGUACCGUCUGCGAAACAGGGCCGAGUUGGAGAGACAGGAGAAGAUACGGAAAGAGCGGGUUGAGCGAGAGCGAAUAAUGGAAGAAGCGAAAGAGACCGCGAGAAGGGUCGAGAAACGGAGAAUCGACAAGCUCAAGAAAGAAAAGGGCAAAGCAGAGGAGGACAAGAAGCGUGCGCAAAGGGAUCGUUAUCGGGCGAGAUGGGAUAGUAUCGGAGAUGUCGGCGGGGAGAUCGAAGAGGCCGAGCUUGCGUUCGCCGACAUUCCUUGGCCGAUUUAUUCCUCUCGGCAGGUCAGAGUCGAUGACCUGGAACAAGAAGCUGUGCGGACAUUCUUCGAGGCCAUCGCUGGCGAUCGUGGAUCUGGAGACGACGAACUCAGAAAGAUUCUCAGAGAGGCCAUUCGUGCCUUCCAUCCCGACCGUUUCUUCAGCCGAAUCUUGCCUCGAGUCAAAGCACGGGACCAGGAAUUGGUCAAAGAGGGUGUCGAAAAGUGUAGCAGGAUCAUCAAUGCUCUCGCUGCUAAAUCAUAGA